CAAGGGCUCGUUCUCGAACCAGUCGGGCCAGUGUGUGAAGCUUAGAUCAUGGUUAUCAAAAUGCUCUCCGUCAUGACAUCAAAUCAUCAAUAAACAGUAUUUGAAGAACAAUCAAAUCAUAUGCACUUCUUUGUUUUCUUAGACCCAAAAAUAUGAGACCUGCAGCAUGUCGCUAAGCGACCACCCCCGAGUCUACGGCACCGCCGCUCUGACGGUGGCCUUCAUCGCCGGCAUCUUUGUGACGCUGGGCUUCAAGGAUCUCUACCCAGACCUGGAAGCACGCUAUCAACAAGGGAAAAAGCGAUAUGGCAGAACCGGAAACGCAUCCGCCCGGCGGACAAGCAUGCUCUUCGGCCCCGUCAGCCUCGAAGACCGCGAGGAAUCUUCACUGACCAGCGUCAACCGAGCCGAGGGCAUCGUCGACGGCGUCGAAGGCACCAUCGGCAACACGCCGCUCAUCAAGAUCCGCAGCCUCUCCGAGGCGACAGGCUGCACCAUCCUCGCCAAGGCCGAGUAUCUGAACGGCGCAGGCGGCAGCCCCAAGGACCGGGUCGCCCUCAACAUGAUCCAAGAGGCCGAAGAGCAAGGCCUGCUCUCUCCGGGGCGGGGUGACACAAUCUACGAAGGCACCGUCGGCAGCACGGGCAUUUCGCUGGCCGUGCUGGCCCGCGCGCGGGGGUACAAGGCGCACAUCUGCAUGCCUGACGACAUGGCGAUCGAGAAGUCGGACCUGCUGCACCACCUGGGCGCGACUGUGGAGCGGGUGCCCGUGGCGCCCAUUACGGACCCGGGCCACUUCGUCAACCUAGCGCGGCAGCGGGCGCGCGAGCACACUGCCAGCGCCGACACGCCCAGCCGGGGCUUCUUCGCGGACCAGUUCGAGAACGCGGCCAACUACGCGGCGCACAUGAAGACGACGGGGCCCGAGAUCUACGCGCAGACGGGCGGCGGGCGGCUUGACGCCUUCGUCGCGGGCGCGGGGACGGGCGGCACCAUCGCGGGCGUCGCAAAGUACCUGAAGGAAGAGCGCGGGUUGGGGUCGUCGUUGCGCGUGGUGCUGGCCGACCCGCAGGGCAGCGGGCUGUACAACAAGGUGCGCCACGGCGUCAUGUACUCGCCCACGGAGCGUGAGGGCACGCGCCGCCGGCGGCAGGUCGACACCAUGGUCGAGGGCAUCGGCAUCAACCGUAUCACGCAAAAUUUCGAGGCCGGGCGCGGGCUGAUUGACGACGCCGUACGCGUCACCGACGAGCAGGCGUGUCGGAUGGCCAGGUGGCUGGUCGAGCACGACGGCUUGUUCGUGGGGAGCAGCAGCGCCGUCAACUGUGUUGCGGCCGUGGUGACGGCGCUAAAGAUGCCCAAGGGGAGUCGUGUCGUGACCAUCCUGUGUGACUCCGGGGCCCGGCAUCUGAGCAAGUUCUGGAAACACAUUGCGGAAAUGGGGCUGGAGGAUGAGACACAAGAACAGGAUGAUGAUUUGUUUACAGUGUUAGGCAUAGAGAAAAGGACAGAGGUUGCGAGCUGACUGCCGCUGCUUCUGGACCAACA